CUUGCUGAGCUCUGCAGUCUCCUUCUUCAGCCCAUCCUUCAAUGCUGACCUUGAAAAAUGAAGAAGAUGAUGACGGGGACAGAAGUGAGAGCAUGGGCAAGAAAGGAGAAGGUGAUGACCAGCUUUUGGUGACCACCAUCAUUCCACGUCCUGCUUCUCUCAGUGAGGUGAAAGAUGACACUGAAGGAGAAGCACAAAGUGUCAGCAAACAACUGAUGGAUGAGGAUGAUGAAAGUGAUGAGGAUGAAGAUGAAAGUGAUGAGGAAGACAAUGAUGACGAAGAUGACCAGGAUGACAGUGAGGAGGACGGAGAUGAUAAUGAUGAGGAGGAUAAUGAGGAUGAUGAGGCCAAGGAGGAGGAGGUAAACAAUGGCCAUGCAGAUCCCCUUCCCGACGCAAAGUUGUCCAACAGGACCAGCUUCAGAAAUCCCCUUCCAGAGGGAUGUCAACUGGCUGAUUCCCGAAUUACCUGCCAGGGUCUCUACAUCACCCACCUGCCAAACAUCACUGGCCCGGGAGUCACGGCCUUCCAGCUGUCGGGUGAGGCGGGAGGUGUGGGCUGGGGUGCAGGAUCUCAGCUAAAGGACAGAGGAUGCUCAGGCGUCUGA